ACAAACAGACCUUGUGCCUAACGACAGAUCAACCACUGUUCACUUGAGCAACAACACGCCAGUCACUGUUGUGUGAAGGAUAGCUGUUUCUUUGAUUUAAAAAAAUUGCUACAUAAGUAGGCAUGUUUAAAAACACAUUUCAAUCAGGAUUUCUAUCCAUAUUAUAUAGUAUUGGCAGCAAGCCCCUACAAAUCUGGGACAAGAAAGUAAGAAAUGGACACAUAAAGAGAAUAACGGAUAACGACAUUCAGUCGCUUGUUUUGGAGGUCGUCGGAACAAACGUCAGUACAACUUAUAUCACAUGUCCCGCUGACGCAAAGAAGACUCUUGGAAUAAAGUUACCAUUCCUUGUGAUGAUCAUUAAAAAUUUGAAAAAAUACUUCACGUUUGAAGUUCAGGUCCUGGACGACAAGAAUGUUAGAAGACGAUUUCGCGCAUCCAACUACCAAUCAACAACGCGAGUGAAACCAUUCAUUUGCACGAUGCCCAUGAGGCUUGACGACGGCUGGAAUCAAAUUCAGUUUAAUCUUUCAGAUUUUACAAGGCGGGCUUAUGGCACAAAUUACAUUGAAACACUUCGAGUUCAGAUUCACGCCAACUGCAGAAUUAGACGAGUUUACUUUUCUGACCGCCUGUACUCAGAAGAUGAACUACCAGCAGAAUUCAAACUUUACUUACCAGUGCAAAACAAAGCCAAGGUAUGAAUCUGACUGAUGGAUUUUGGGGUUCAUGGGAGGGUAAAAAAAAUUUUGGAUUUGUUGCUGAAACAGCCUGUUAUUGGUAUCAAUCUUCAUUUAAGCUUUCAUUUGCCUUUAAAAAGGAACAUAUUCUUUGCAAAUCAGUUUCUGAGAUUAAUCUGGAGUUUCAUUUAAGGCUUAUGAUGAAAUAGACUUGAAGAGCAUCUUUCGCCACUAUGAAUAAAUAACUCUAACAGUCAAGCUAGUUGUCUGAGAAUUAGAUAUUUUUGGCUGUACUUUUUACUCCAACACUGAUUACUUCACACUUUGUAAUCAUUGUAAGUAUAUUAUUGUAAAAAGAAAAUAAAUUUACUGUGUAUAAUCACAA